AUGGCGCGGGCGAAGCCGUCGUCGUCGGCGGCGAAGAAGAGCCAGGCGGCGCAGCAGGGCGGCGGGGCCGGGCACGCGGCGCCGUCCGGCCUCGCGCGGUACCUCGACCCGGAGGCGCCGUGGGACAAGGACCGGCUGCUGGACGCCGUGCACUGGAUCCGCCAGGCCGUCGGGCUCGCCUGCGGCCUCCUCUGGGGCGCCGUCCCGCUCGUCGGCGCCGCCUGGAUCGUCCUGUUCGUGGCCAUUUCUUCUGGCAUAAUUUACUGGUACUAUGCGCACCUAUUGAAGGUCGACGAGGAAGAAUUCGGAGGCCAUGGCGCGCUGCUUCAGGAGGGGAUGUUCGCAUCUUUCACCCUUUUCCUGAGGUUUCAACGAGUGACUACAUACGGAGCAAAAUGA